AGUGUUUUAUGUUGUCCAACUGCACUGAAACCAGCUUAACUAUUAAACAAUGCCGCCAACGGAGACGCUGCGUGCUGGCAGCGGCGGCGGUGACCGCACAAUAUCCGAACUAGUCAUUAGACAGAGCAACAAAUCCUAUGAGCAUCGAGACUCACAGGCCACGGCCAUGUCAGUGGAUUACUCUGGACAGUGGGUAUUGCUGGCAGGUCGUGGACACUUGUCGCUGCAGCGCUUGGGUCAAGAGGAUAACACACUGCGUCGUUACGAGCGCCAAUCGAAAUAUGAGGUUUCUGUAGCUGAGUUUGCCAUAUGCCCCACUAAACAAGAAUACUGCGCCAUAGCUACAAGUCAGAAUAUAGAUAUAGUUCGCUGGGGUCCUGCGGAGCCGUACUAUGAGAAUUCUUUGCGUGGUCAUACGCGCACCGUGACCGACAUUGAUUGGCAUAGCAAGGAUCCCAAUUUGCUAGUAAGCUGCUCCAUCGACACGUUCUCGCAUAUAUGGGACUUGCGUGAUCCACGCAAGCCAGCUAUAUCCCUAAAUGCUGUAUGCAUGUCUGGUGCUACGCAGGUGGGCUUCAAUCGUGUCUCUGGCGCCUUGCUGGCCGCUGCUCAUGACGGCGAUCUACGCAUUUGGGACAUACGCAAGGGCAGGUGUCCCACGCACUAUAUAACAGCGCAUUUGAAUCGUGUGCAUGGCAUUAAUUGGAGCCACAGACGCGAGACUUGCUUGGCCACUGCCAGCCAAGAUGGCACUGUCAAGUACUUUGAUGUAUGCAAUCCCAGACGUGCCGAGAAGAUUAUUACCACACUCUCGCCUGUCUGGCGUGCACGCUAUACGCCCAUAGGCAACGGCUUGGUAAGCAUUGUGGUGCCGCAUUUGGGUCGCGGCGAGAAUAGUUUGCUAUUGUGGAGCAACAGCAAGCAAACAGAUCCCAUAUGCUCCUUUGUGGGUCAUACAGAUGUAAUACUUGACUUUGCUUGGCGUCCUAAUCGUGAAAACUUUACAGAGAUUGAGCUUGUUACCUGGUCACGUGAUCGCACUUUGCGCGUCUGGAAGAUAGAUGACAAUAUGCUAAAGCUUUGCGAACCGUCUGCCGAGGACGAGGAUGAAGGCGAUGUCUCGCAACGCUACGACGCAGAGCUGCCGGAUCUACGCGCUGUAACGCCGCCGGACUUGCACAUGCUGCAUCCACGGCCAAUUGCAGCAGCUUCACUGCCUAUAGCCGCCACGCUGGAGGCUGGCACACUGCCCAUGGCACGUUCGCCCAGCUUUGUGGGCGGCUAUGCCAGACGUGAGGAGACUAUAGCUAGAUCGUUAACUGAUCAGCCCACGUGCUCGCUGCAUCAUGAGUUCUCGCUGCUGAACACUAAUAUGCCGCAUGUGGAGGUGGAGUUUCGAGAUGCCAUCAAGCGCUAUGCUUGCUUUCAAAUCUGCGCGGCUGGACACACAGUUAUACUGCAAGUGACAUUUCCCACAUCGUAUCCCAGUCCAGGCGUGCCGCCGGACUUUCAGCUAUGCCAAGGCACCACUUUGAGCAGCGAGCUGAGUGAGGUGCUGCUCAAAGUGCUGCGCACCAAUGCGCUGCAGCGUGUAAAGAAAUCCAGAAGCUGUUUGGAGCAGUGUCUGCGUGCGCUAGUGGCGGCUAUGAAGAAACGCGUGACGGCCAUAGCUGGCGCUGAUGCGGAUCGCAGUCAAUUGCUGCUGCAAUCGCCCAGACUGGAGGGCGCUUUGUCCAGUGCACUGCAUGAUGCUUGCAUUCCCUUUCCACGCACCUCGGGCGUGCACUUCAAUGCCAUUGGCAUGCUGACAACCUUCGCCCAAGUGCUGAACAACAAGCGCCUCACGCUGCGUCAACGUUCGACAACGCCACGCACUUUGAGCGCCAUCAACAGCAGCGGACUCUUGGGCAAUGUCAUGGCCAAUACACAGCGCGAUGCAAAUGCUUCGUUCUAUCUGCAGGAGCGCAUGAUUGCUGGCAAGCCGGGCAAGCAGCGUGUGAUGCGGCAAAUGAAUGGCACUACGCCGGUGGUGCACGUCUAUGAUGCCAGCCAGCUGUUGCAUAUAAAUCGCGAAAUGGCGCGCGAGUUCUCGCUGGACAAGCGCAAUGUGGCGGCCACUUGCAGACGCAAUGGUGAGAUUUGUCGCCAGCAUGGACGCUUGGAUUUGCUGCCCAUAUGGCUGCUGGCGGAACUUAUAGCAACGCCACACUUGCCGCACGCCUCCAUGAGCUGUGAGCUGCAGCUGCUGAAGGAUCCGUUCAAGAAGUCGCUGCUUGAUUCAUUGAUUAUGCACUAUGCCAGCGCUGGAGAUAUACAAACUGCAGUGCUGCUGGCUUGCCUCUUCGACAAAUGCCAAUGUCCUGCCGCUGCAAUGGGCGUCAGUAGUAGCAACAGUCGUUUGCAGGCGCAGCUCUCACCAUAUCAUACAGUGCUGCCGCUGGACUUCAAGUCCGCGAAUCAGUCACGUGCAGUGCCCGCUCACUUGCAGCAGCUGCGCAGCAGUUCCUGGUCGGACUCCUUGGACUGGCUGGACUUUAAGCUGGGCCAAUCGGACACUUAUGCUUGCAGCUUGAUACGACGCACCAAGAUGCCGCUGUUUGAUCAAUUCAAACGCACCUAUGCUGACGUGUUGUUCGGCUGGCAGCUGCUCUCCAAGCGUGCGCUGAUACUGAAGCAUACGUUGCAUGCUCCGCCGCCGCCACAAGGCGUCGAGUUUGUCAGCGAGUGCAGCAAAUGUCACAAGCCCAAGCGCACACCCAAGUGCGAGCAUUGCAAGCGGCUUGUCCUGGUUUGCACGCUGUGCUGUCUACCAGUGCGUGGUGCUGCCAAUGCUUGUCUCUCCUGUGGGCAUGGUGGACACAUGACGCACAUGCAGCAGUGGUUCCAGAAGCACAAUGUUUGUGCCAAGGGCUGUGGCUGCAAAUGCUUGGAGCGCACUUCGGAGCUGUUGGCGCUGCUUAGCUGAUGCUGCUGCCAGCUUGCAUUUAUUGUUAUCAACUAUAACUUAGCUUUACAUUUGCAAAAUAUCGUUUAAGGCGCUGCAAAUCAAAAUACCUUUAAGGGUACUAUACAUUGUUAACAAAAUAUGAUUAAGUUUGUAUUGUUAAGUUGCUUAAAGAAUAAAUAUAUUCACUUUUAAUGUAAACCACUUAGCGGAGCGCACAGGGCACGUCUUUCCUCAACAGCAGACAGCAGCGAACUGAGCUUGCUUGAGGCAAAAGAGUUGAAGGCCGCUCUCAGCGCAUUCGCCUCUCUCGAUUUACGAUCUCAUUGGAUGCGCUCAUCGAACGUCGCCAUAUUGCGAAAGCCUCUCAGAGAGCAUAA